UUGGAGACUUUGUGAGAGUAACUAUAAAUACGGCUCUUAACCGUAGAAGGCACUGGUCAUUGGACACUCUCUAUAAAGACCCAACCAGCUAACUUUUUAGUUUACUCUCUCUCUCACUCUCUGUUACUUCUUCUUCUUCUUCUUCUCCUUUUCAACGCCAUUGAUGACCGGAGCGGGAGCUUCAUCAACGCAGACGAGAAUGAGGAAUCGUCUAGGGCUUUUCCUUUCUAUUUUUGUCUUUCAGGUGUUAUAUAUUGGAAGUUUAGUAAACGCCGAGAGGUCAGAAACGCGGUUGCUUUUGACACCUAAUGCUGUUACAGGAGAGAGGCAUUCAGAAGGAUAUUGUACUAUGUAUGAUAUUUGUGGAAAACGUAGUGAUGGCAAAGUAUUAAAUUGUCCUCGUGGUUCCCCAUCUGUCAAGCCAGAUGAUUUGCUUUCGUCCAAGAUCCAAAGCUUAUGUCCUACCAUUACUGGUAAUGUUUGUUGUACAGAAUCUCAGUUUGACACCUUACGGACUCAAGUUCAGCAAGCAAUUCCUUUAAUAGUUGGUUGUCCAGCAUGCUUGAGAAACUUUCUGAAUUUGUUCUGUGAGCUCACCUGUUCUCCAAAUCAAAGUUUAUUUAUCAAUGUUACUUCCAUAUCCAAGGCUGGUAACAAUUUGACCGUGGAUGGGAUUGAUUUUUAUAUAAAUGAUGCUUUUGGUGAAGGGUUGUAUGACUCCUGCAAAGAUGUAAAGUUUGGUACCAUGAAUUCUCGAGCUCUAGAGUUCAUAGGCGCUGGAGCUCAAAAUUUUAUAGAGUGGUACGCUUUUAUUGGUAGACGAGCACCUGCUACCGUGCCAGGUUCACCGUAUGCCAUAGCAUUUCGAUCAAAUAUUUCUGAGUCAUCUGGAAUGAAACCUAUGAAUGUAUCUACUUAUUCAUGUGGUGAUAUUUCACUGGGAUGUUCAUGUGGCGAUUGUCCUGCGUCUCCAGUCUGUUCUAAUUCAGCUCCUCCUUCUUCUCAUAAAGAAGGCUCCUGCUCAGUGCGACUUGGGUCUCUCAAAGCCAAAUGUAUUGACAUAGCUGUAGCUGUCUUAUAUAUUAUUCUAGUUUCUGCAUUUCUGGGAUGGCGCUUGUUUUAUUUGAAUGGACAAAAGAAACCGGCCUCUAGAACGAAACCACUGUGGAAUGCUAUGGAAGGUGGUGAACUCCAUUCUGUAAACCGACAGAAGGAAGAGAAUCCAUCGAUUCAGAUGCUUGAAGAUGCUUCUCGAAGUAGAAAUGGAGUGCAACUUUCUUUCGUUCAAGGUUACAUGUCCAAUUUUUUCAGGUUGUAUGGAACAUGGGUUGCAAAAAAUCGAAUCUUAGUGUUGUGCUCAUCUUUGGCAAUAGUUUUUGUUCUUUGUUUGGGUCUAGUCCGUUUCAAGGUGGAGACACGUCCUGAAAAGCUGUGGGUGGGGCCAGGGAGUAAAGCAGCUGAGGAGAAGCAGUUUUUUGAUAACCAUCUAGCUCCUUUUUACAGAAUUGAACAGCUUAUAUUAGCUACUAUUCCUGAUGCUGAUGGCAAGUCGCCAAGUAUUGUGACAGAGGCAAACAUUAAAUUACUCUUUGAAAUUCAGAAGAAGGUAGAUGGACUCCGUGCUAAUUUUUCUGGAUCGCCAGUAUCUCUUGCUGAUAUUUGCAUGAAGCCACUGGACCAAGAUUGUGCAACUCAAAGUGUCCUGCAGUAUUUCAAAAUGGCUCCUGACAAUUAUGACAAUUUUGGUGGAGUCGAGCACCUCAAAUAUUGCUUUGAGCACUACUCCUCUGCUGAUACAUGUAUGAGCGCAUUUAAAGCACCGCUUGAUCCUAGCACUGCAUUAGGAGGUUUCUCAGGGAGCAACUAUUCUGAGGCUUCAGCAUUUAUGGUAACAUAUCCUGUAAACAAUGCUGUGGAUAAAAGAGGGAAUUUAUCUGAAAAGGCAGUGGCAUGGGAAAAGGCUUAUAUCCAGAUGGCAAAGGAUGAAUUGCUGCAAAUGGUGCAAUCCAAAAAUUUAACACUUUCCUUUUCAUCGGAAAGUUCAAUUGAAGAGGAACUGAAAAGAGAAAGCACCACAGAUGCUAUCACUAUUGUGAUAAGCUACCUUGUGAUGUUCGCUUAUAUUUCUCUUACUUUGGGUGACACACCUCGGCUAUCUUCUUUUUACAUUUCCUCUAAGGUUUUGCUUGGUCUCUCUGGAGUUGUGCUUGUCAUGCUUUCUGUUCUCGGAUCAGUUGGAUUUUUCAGUGCUAUUGGAGUCAAAUCAACUCUCAUUAUUAUGGAAGUUAUACCAUUUCUUGUUCUAGCUGUUGGGGUUGAUAAUAUGUGUAUAUUGGUACAUGCUGUCAAACGUCAACCUUUGGAGCUGCCUUUAGAAGAGAGAAUAAGCAAUGCACUUGUGGAAGUUGGACCAUCCAUAACGCUGGCCAGCCUAGCAGAAGUUUUAGCAUUUGCUGUUGGAAGUUUCAUUCCUAUGCCAGCAUGCCGUGUGUUCUCCAUGUUUGCAGCCUUGGCAGUUCUUCUGGACUUCCUUUUGCAAGUUACUGCAUUUGUUGCUUUGAUAGCUUUUGACUUUUUGCGAACUGAGGAUAAGAGGGUUGAUUGCUUCCCAUGUAUAAAAGUGGCAUCGUAUGCCAAUGCUGACAAAGGUAUUGGUCAGAGAAAAUCUGGUUUGCUGGUGCGUUAUAUGAAGGAGAUCCAUGCACCUAUUCUGAGUCUUUGGGGAGUCAAGAUAGUUGUCAUUUCCGUUUUUGUUGCCUUUACACUGGCUAGCAUAGCAUUAUGCACAAGGAUUGAGCCUGGUUUGGAACAAAAAGUUGUUCUUCCCCAAGAUUCUUACCUUCAGGGUUAUUUCAAUAAUGUUUCAGAAUAUCUCAGAAUUGGACCUCCUCUGUAUUUUGUUGUGAAGAAUUAUAACUACAGUUCAGAAUCAAGACAUACAAAUAAGCUAUGCUCAAUUAGUAAAUGUGAUUCAGACUCCCUUUUGAAUGAGAUUGCAAAAGCAUCAUCAACUCCAGAAGCAAGUUACAUUGCUAAGCCUGCUGCUUCAUGGCUUGAUGAUUUUCUUGUGUGGAUAUCCCCAGAAGCAUUUGGAUGCUGUCGGAAGUUUACUAAUAGUACUUACUGUCCUCCCGAUGAUCAGCCUCCUUGCUGUUCUUCCAAUGGAGGGGUUUGCAGCCUUGGAGGAGUGUGCAAAGAUUGUACUACGUGCUUCCGCCAUUCGGAUCUGCAGAACGAUCGUCCUUCUACCACACAAUUCAAGGAUAAACUUCCAUGGUUCCUGGAUGCUCUACCAUCUGCUGCAUGUGCUAAAGGUGGCCAUGGGGCUUACACUACCAGUGUGGAACUGAAAGAUUAUGAUAGUGGUAUUAUUCAAGCAUCGUCAUUCCGUACAUAUCAUACACCUCUGAACAAGCAGAGUGACUACGUAAAUUCAUUGAGGGCUGCACGAGACUUCAGUUCAAGACUUUCUGAUUCUCUGAAGAUAGAGAUAUUUCCAUAUUCGGUGUUUUAUAUGUUUUUCGAGCAAUACCUUGAUAUUUGGAAAACCGCAUUAAUCAAUCUUUCAAUAGCUAUUGCUGCGGUAUUUAUCGUUUGCUUAGUCAUUACAUGCAGUUUCUGGAGUUCAGCAAUCAUCUUAUUGGUGUUGGUAAUGAUUGUUGUGGAUCUCAUGGGUGUAAUGGCGAUUCUUGGAAUCCAGUUAAAUGCAAUCUCUGUUGUCAAUCUUAUUAUGUCAGUUGGGAUUGCGGUUGAGUUUUGUGUUCAUAUGACCCAUGCAUUCUCGGUAAACAGUGGAGAUAAUAAUCAACGUAUCAAGGAGGCUCUAGGUACAAUGGGAGCCUCUGUUUUCAGUGGGAUAACACUAACGAAGCUUGUUGGGGUCAUUGUUCUAUGCUUCUCAAGGACAGAAGUUUUUGUGGUAUAUUACUUUCAAAUGUAUCUAGCUUUGGUUCUCCUUGGUUUCUUGCAUGGCCUUGUAUUCCUACCGGUAAUUCUAAGCAUAUGUGGUCCACCUUCAAGAUCUAUGCUGAUUGAGCCUCAAGAAGUUCGGCACUCUACAGCCUCAUCAACACAACAAUAAGAUGAAAGAGCUCUUUUUUUCUUAUUUCUUUUUUUUUUCUCCCUUCUCUCUCUCUCUCUCUCUCUCCCUCUAUUUUUUUUCUUAGGUUGAGAUAAAAUUUUCUUUUCUUUGAAUAUCAUGUAAAUGUUUUUUACUCGUGAUAAAAAAAGUAAAUCAAAUAGAAGAGGAAAAAAAAAACGUAAUUCUAUUAUUAUA